CAAGCCAGCCCUGCCUUUUACACACUUUCUACAGCAACCAGGACGAACCCGGCAGACUUUUUUCUCCCGCUUCGUUUCCGCCUCAUGACCCAAUUCCCAGGACAACGUGGGGUCCGCGUCGCGCAGGGAAGCUGUAGGACGAGUUUGCUGAGACGUCUGUUGGAAUGAAGACUGGGAUUAAUUUUAGAGGAACAGCUCUGAAGUGAAGACCGUUGGCAACUAAGGACGGAAACGAGGUGGAUGAUACAACGCCUGAGGUCCGUGGAAAUCACUAACCGCACAUAUACAUGCAGUAUGAUUGGACUUCACUGUGAUUGAGAACUGUGAAGCAUUUGAGAAACAUCAUAGGCUGGAUCCCAGUCCUUCCUCUGUCGGCCUAAGAGCGACUUCUAACCCCAGCCCUGGCUGCAGGGCCAGCAGAUUCACCCCUGUGGAUACCCCAGCCCUUUUGUGUCCUAAAGCUUCACACCAAGAUACAACCUCACAGAGGGUCAACCCCCCACCCAACCUCCACUGCCGCCCUCCCAGAUACUCCACCGUGUUUUACAGACAAACCCCUCCGGACCGUCGAAUGACAAGCGUGCUUCGGAGGGCGGGGCUUGCCUCAGUCUCUCAUGAUUGGCUGCUGGAUGGAAUUGAGGUGAAUGGAACACAUGCCCAAGGAGCAGGACUCUAACCCAUCAGAGGGAGAAGAGAAACAGUGGCUCAAUGGCCCGAAGAGGAAGAGGAAGAACAGCCAGUGUUCGGUGAAGAGUAUGACUGGGUACAUCCCCAGCUACCUCGAAAAGGAUGAGCCAUGUGUGGUGUGUGGCGACAAGGCCACAGGUUACCACUACCGCUGCAUUACCUGCGAGGGCUGCAAGGGUUUCUUUCGUAGGACCAUUCAAAAGAACCUCCACCCUGCCUACUCCUGCAAAUACGAUGGCUGCUGCAUCAUCGACAAGAUCACCCGCAACCAGUGCCAGCUGUGCCGCUUUAAGAAGUGCAUCUCAGUGGGAAUGGCAAUGGAUUUGGUGCUGGACGAUUCAAAGCGGGUGGCUAAACGACGCCUCAUUGAGGAGAACAGGGAGAAACGUAAAAAGGAGGAGAUGGUAAAAACCUUGCAGACCCGUCCGGAGCCCACUGUAGACGAAUGGGACCUGAUCCGGCUGGUGACUGAGGCCCAUCGGCACACUAACGCUCAGGGCGCACAGUGGAAACAGAAGCGCAAAUUCCUGCCAGACAAAAUUGGCCAGUCUGCGGUUGUCCCGACGUCAGACGGAGACAAAGUGGACCUGGAAGCCUUCAGCGAGUUCACCAAGAUCAUCACCCCUGCCAUCACCCGUGUAGUCGACUUUGCCAAAAAACUGCCCAUGUUCUCUGAGCUGCCUUGUGAAGACCAGAUCAUCUUAUUGAAGGGCUGCUGCAUGGAGAUCAUGUCCCUGCGAGCGGCCAUCCGCUACGACCCCGAAAGUGAGACGUUGACUCUGAGUGGGGAGAUAGCUGUGAAACGCGAGCAGCUGAAGAACGGAGGGCUGGGUGUGGUGUCUGACGCCAUCUUUGAUUUGGGCAAAAGCCUGGCACAGUUCAACCUGGACGACACGGAAGUGGCACUGCUGCAGGCCGUGCUUCUUAUGAGCUCAGAUCGCUCAGGCCUGACCUGUGUGGACAAGAUAGAAAAGUGUCAGGAGACUUACCUGCUGGCGUUUGAACACUACAUCAAUUACCGCAAGCAUAACAUUCCCCACUUCUGGCCCAAGCUUCUGAUGAAGGUGACGGACCUGCGAAUGAUUGGGGCUUGCCACGCCAGCCGCUUCCUUCACAUGAAGGUGGAGUGUCCCAACGAACUCUUCCCACCGCUUUUCCUUGAGGUGUUUGAGGACCAGGAAGUGUGACACGUGCAGUUGCCACUGUGUGCAAUGGGAAACAGGAAAUAGGAGAUGGGCUAGGCCACAGGGACACAAGGAGAGUCUCAUCGGCAGGAAUUUGCGUGUCUCCAACAUCAAGUUCACAAUUUCUGGUUUAAAAAAGCUGGAAAUAACCGGGAAAGAAACACCAGCAAAAGGAGAAUGGAACAAAGCCUCCUUCUUCUCUUUCUUACACCUUGUCCUGUUUAAACAUCCGUGUGGGGGCCCUUCUGUCUGAGCAAGAUGUUUGAUCCAGAAAGAGUUGUUGCCAUUUGCCAAGACACAUCCACAAACACACAAAAACACACACACAGAGACACAGCUUGUUUCACCUCAGUUCUUCAGGGCAGCGUUGUUUGUGUGGGGUCAGUUUCCUCUCCUUUCCUUUUUUUUUUUGCUUCUCGCAGUGCUCACGUUUUGAAGCAGUGUCAGAGCUCAUCAGGACCUUUCAGUAUUAUCUCUGAAUAAGUGUUAAAACAGUAAUUCAGAAAAAAUGGUGAAUGUUUACAUCUUUUCUCAAAAUCAUGCAGGCAAUCAGCAAACACUGAGAGCUAAAAUUCCCUUUUUUUCUCCAUAUUUCUUUGGUGUGCGAUGGGGCCUAUGAAAGUAAAAGCUACCAGACUUUGCCGCCUUUUACUCAAUUCAAUCUGAGCCGUUACUGUUGUUUUUGUUUUGUUUCGAAGCUGUUCCUUGUCUUACAUCCCACUGAAACAGGUGCUAUAUUUAUAUAAAAAAGGUUAGUUCAGUUCGAUAAAAAUGUGCUGUCAGCCUUUAAAAAGGAGGCAGACCAUGGCUCCAUAUCUACCUUCAUUUUUUGUCAUCGGGCCGACUCCUGUGACUCACAUACAAACACACAGAAAAACAUACAUAUGUGCAUGCAGUUCUUGUCACUGCCUGUGCAGCUCUCAUACUGUUGAAUGAAUGACAAUGAGGCGCUUCUCUCUCAAAGGAAUUACCUCACUGAAAGAAGGAAAGGAAAAACGAUAAUGGAGGAGUGGAGACAGUGAGAGGAAAUGCGGUGUAAUACCCGGACUGGGGUCGGAAUUAAAUCUUCUGCACCCUGUCUUCCUGUCUCUGUCCUCAUCUGACACACACACACAUUUACAUGAAAACAUACAACUUCACCUCAGAGUAACAUAAAUGCCUCAUUUUUCUGUAUUCACUGCACUGUGGUGUGAAUUUAAAGCCCUAACCUGUAGGGUUUCUACAGAGUCUGCUUCUCAUGGACUCAGCUCAGUGUGGCCCCUUCAGGCUUCCAUACACUCUUAACGUUUUUAGAAAAAAUGAUUAAAAAAAAAGGAAAAAAAUGAACAAAUCUGUAGGAGUCACUGAGAGCAGGCGAAAAGGCGAAGAAGGCUACCAUUUACCUCAAAAAUGGACACACCCGAGGAUGGGGUGGCCAUCCCGCCCUACAGUGUCAGGCACUACCUCACCUCUGUGGACACAGGGCAGCUGCCCACAGCCAGACAUACACCGUUCAAGUGGUUGCAUAUGCAGACUUAGAAACAAACGUGCAGAGUUUUCUUUUUAUUGUUGUUGUUUUGCUUAACAGGACAAACACACUUACAGAACACACACACAAACACAUUUAACUCUCUCACUUGGUUCAAAUGUGAAAAGACAGGAGGGCCAAUCAACCUAUCCCCACCCUACAGGGGGAGCGGUACCCAUCACAUUCGGAUCAUCUCAUGUUCUGUUACUUGGGACCAAGCGUCAUCCUUUUUACCCAUUUAUGUAAAAACAAAAACUGACGUAGUCAAGCAACAAAAGAACGGUUGCCACCCCAGUCUAGAUCACUUCCGAGAGCAAGCAAGAAGGACAGAUGAGGCCGAAUACCCAUGGUGGCUUUGCUUGCUGAAUUAGCAUGCAGAGAGCAGGCAACUGCAUAGCAAUGACUUUCUACAGCUCGCCUAUGAUUUCAGCCAUUGAUAAAAACAGGAUUUCUCUGAUUGAUGGGCAGCACAUCAGACAUGCAAUCUUGUGAAAAAUAAAGAUUCCAACACUGUCAGUACCAAGGGCAGACAUUAAAAUCUGUAAGAGCCACUCAUAAAUUUACGAAGAUUCAAGCACUUCAAAGUCUUAAACAUCCUUUUAUACAAUAUUGAUUUUUGUUAUUUAAAAAAAAGCCAAAAGCUUCUUAUAAACAUCCUCUGGCUCCUGGUCAGUUUCUCCUUCCCCCACUUUCCCCCUAUUAUGGGCCUAUGCAUCAUUAUAUUGUCCCUUCCUACUUCCAUUUGGUUUCUGUAAACAAAACAUUUACUUAGCCAUGUACUUAACCAUUUUGAAUCAGUUUGUUUCUAUUGAAAGUUAACAUACAUUUGUGAAUUAUGGAGAUAAAGAUCCCAAAAACCUAAAGAUGUUAAAAUCUCAUAGUUCAAUUUAAGUGUUUAUUGUAAUAUUUUUAUCAAAUUUUGUUUGAUUAAAUGUAUUGUCAUAAACCUUAACAUUUUAAGAUUUUCCUAGUGGCCAGGGCUAAUUUCCACCUUUGAUCAGUACAGUCACAGAAAAAAACCAACUACACUUUAUAAUUCACUGUCAAUUUUAUUAGAUUCUCUGUGGAGGAAUUUUGUCCCCCUCUUUUCUUUACAGCAAAACAUUUGCUGCUGAGUUUGGUGUAACUGCCUCAUUUAAGUCCCAAUUUCAGCCAAGAUUUAGCUGUCAGACAGAGGGCUUAUUUAAGAAGUUGUGUAGGCCCUGGGCAGCAAAACAAGCCCCAACAUCCCUCCUCUAACAGUAUGUUUGUCAAUUGGUGUAUAUUUGGGUUAGGACUUUGAGCAAGGGUGUACUUUCUUUUUCCCAUGACUGUAAUCAAAUGUCUCAUGUGCUUCCCAGUUUUAAUCAAUGUACCAAUGACAUAAAACGUCUAGGGGGACAUCAUACAUGCAGGCAGCUGAAUGACUAUUAAAGAAUAUUGAAUAAUUUAUAAAAGCCCACUCCAUUUCUUCAAUUCUGGGUCUAAGCCAAAUCUGGGUUCCCCUCAUAGAAAAGAAUCAGUUUUAUUUCAACACCAAGCAGCAGUUCUGUACAGAAUGGAUAACUCACACCUCUACCAGAAGGAUAAGCAUCGAAAAUGUAAAAAGAAGACCUGGAACGCUGCUGCUCAAUCACAUCACCGCCUCCUGGGAUCCAUCACUUCUCCUGCUCUGCCAUCCUCAUGGCUUUUCUUGGAGCUGAGCUCAAGCCAACAUAACGCCCCCAUUUAGCAAGGCUAGUGGGAGUUUUUGCACUACUGCAGCAGUCCUCACUUUCACAUCCUAAUCUUCAAAGUUUAAUCUGUGCACAUUUGUUGGCCCCACUCGCCCUAAAUGAGAAUCCUUGACCACUCUGUAUAACAGAAACUGACAGCCACAGUGAGCUCAGUCCCAAACCUGUCCUAUAGCUGGUAUCACACCAACAGCCCAGUAAAAACGGGUAGGGAGAGACCCAUGCAUGGGAGGGUUUGGAGGCACUUAUCCCCAUUUUUUAUCCAGGGCCCUCCUAAUUGUUUUUUCUCUUCCUCUUACCCCCUACGAGUUUGGCCAAGAAUCGCUGACACCAAACAGGAUCCAGGCUUCUCCCCCUUGUGAGACAAGGCUGGCCAUAACUGCCUUUCAGAGAGGCACCAAUUGAAUGUGAACAGCAAGGCAGUAAAGACAAGAACGAGAGAUUUGAAAUUCUAAGAAGGCAAAAAUGCCAUCAUUACCUCGGAUAAAGUGGGAAUUGUGGCUGGUGGACAGGGAAAUGUUGGAUUAUGCAAUGUCCCCCUACUGUAGGAGCCCCACAUUAGCGGACAACCCCAAAUGAGCCCCCACUGUCCUCCCUCAGCUCCCGUCUAAAGUUUUAAUGCUGAGUGGCUCAGAGGAAAGAUCCCACAACAGAUCUGAUGUGUUUUUGUUGAGCUGACUGGGUUUGUGUGUGUAACUGGGGGGGGGGGGGGUUUAAAUGCUGCUUUUCCUGAUGGGACAACAUAAAAUCUGACAUGAUAUGAAUUUGUAAAGCAAAAUUAAAAGAGAAGACUUAAAAAAAAGACUCCUAAAUAGAAUUAUUGGAGAUUUUCUUUUCCUUGUUUUCAUAUAUGUCUUUGUAUUUUGAUGCUUUAACUGCUCCAUGUAAAAGAGAGAGGGAAAAGAACAUGUCUGUAGUCAUUUUUUGACCAUGUGUGCAGUGUAACAUUGGAGAAAUUCCACUUCUUUUGCCCACAUCUGUCUUUUGUGUUGAGAAGCCAGCUGAUUCGUUUUGUCUAAUGUCUCUCCAGGUGUCCAUCCCCUUUUAUCAGGAGGAACUUAAAACCAACAAAACAGGAAUUGCUUUUUUUUUAUACAUAUAAAUAUAUAUAUAAAUAUAUUUCUUUUUUUAUGAAAUACAACAGAGAAACUGAAAACAAAAAAAAAACUGAAACACAAUCCUGUCAUACCUCAUGCAACACAAAACUCAAACGAACUUGGGAGCCGUCAUAUUUUGCAGGCACAUGUAAAAUUGCAGAGAUGCAUACAGACUAAAAAGGAAUAGAGAGAUAUGUGUUGGGCUUGUGUGUACGCAUCCAUGUACAAGUUCAGCUCAUUUAAUUAGAAUAUCAUUGAAAAGUUAAUUCAUUUUAAUAAUUCAAUUCAAAAGGGAAAACCAUAUGUAGGAGAUAUUGCACAUAGUGAUAUAUUUCAAGUAUUUAUUAUUUUUGAGCUAGUUUUUAUGAUUAUGACUCAAAGCCAAAAGACACAUUAAGUUUCUCUGAAAAGAAUAAUGUUAUGGAAGUGCCAUGAAUAAAUUAUUUCUAAUACAUACAUAAUAUGCCCUACACAAUCAUGGGGAAAACUGCUUGCUAGACAGCUGGACAGCUGACAGUCAUUGGCUCCGUCCAGGAGGAGGAUAAGCCACAGAAAUCAGUGAAAUAGAAGCUGACUCUUCAUAGUGCUCUAUUCGGGAAUUUAAAUGGAAAGUUGAGUUGAAGGAAAACUUUGAGUAAAAGGGAUAACUGCGAAAUGAAAGUUUGAAUGAGACACACAAGGUUUGGACUGAGGCUGAAGUCAGCUUAACACUUCACACUUGAUCGGCCCUCCUUUUCCAUGAAAUACAAUGCUGUGUGGCAUGGGGGCUAUCGGCUUUUGGGACUGCUGUGAUGUUAAGGAAAUAUUGAACUUUUUGUAGCAAACCCCCCUUGUAGACAGUGUCAUUGUCUGCUGGUCAACUGUCAUACCUGUAGUCUUCCCCAUGAUUGUGUAAGCCAUCACAUGGCCAUAACAUAAUAUCAAUUUUUAUUGGUCUUAUGUCAUAUUAUAUUUUUCUAAGAAGCCUAAUUUGGGGUUUUCAAUGUUUGUAAGCCAUAAUCACGAAAACACUCUGUGUGUGCAACAAAUCUAUUUAAUGAUUUUCACUUUUAAACAGAAUUACUUAAAUGAAUAAACUUUUCUAUGAUAUUCUAAUUUAUUGAGAUGCACCUGUUGGUUAUAAAAGGAGUUUUUCCUCAAGCUUUGGGGCCCUCUUAUUGAUUGGGAUCUCAGAUGAACCCAAGAACAUGUUUUGCAAAAAUCACUCAGCACUUCUCUGACUGUGUUGUAGAAUAUGACUUAAAAAUGUGAAUGGCCCAGAGACUGAGGAAUAUUUGCUCCUGUAAUGGCUGAUUGUUUUAUGGAACUGAAUGUAGCUGAAAGAGGGGGGAGCUGGACCUGAACUGGCACCCACAACCCAACUUCCACUCACCAGCAGAGAGGAUGGUGGUGUAACAGAGAUGUUAGAAGAAAAAAAAAAACUGAGAGGAUAUAUUGCCCAUUUGCAAGGUGCAAUACUACGUUAUGUACUUUUGUAUGUUUUCGGUUUGGAUUUAGUUUUUGCUUUUUACUUUUAUGGGGACAUAUUCAAUGAUGUAAAUACAAAAAUGUACAAGAUUUAUUGUAAAAGUCAACUUUACUGCUCCAUCCCAUUGUCAUGUAAGUGCAGACGACAAAAAUCAAAGAAAAAUCUAAUGCUUGUCACAACUUUUUAUUUGUGCACGUUCUCAUAUGUGCAUGCAGGUCCAUAUUCAAAAGUGCCCCUUGAUAUAAAUCGUAACCCCUGUGCCUCAUCUUGUUUGCAAAGAGAUAAAAACCUACCCUUUAUUGUCUCAUGAUGACAUGAACCGCUACACGUGUGGCCGUGGGUUUUUGUGUGUGUGCUUAGAUAAAGUCCUUUAAAACUGAUGAUGUGAGUGGUAACAGCAGCUCAGUUAGCUGCAGUAGAAGGAGGUAGAGUUUGAGUCUUUAUUCAGCAUGUAUUCCAGCUAACCCCAGCUGCUAAACACUCGCAUCAUAGUCAUCAAAGUGUAAAAUGGGUCUGACCGUUUGUCCAAAGCACCAUUCUCCCAAGUCUCCCUGAAACCAGCCUGGAAAAGUGGCAGCAUCAGUUUACUCUGACCUUAGUUACACAAGUAUUUUUAAUGCCAUUUUUUUACAUAUGCUUCUGGCAGAAAUGUGUUUGGUAAUAUGAAUUUCUGAACAGAAUAAAAUUUCCAAUCUGCCCUUGAUGCAUCAAAUGGAGUGUAAAUAGUAACUGAUCAUUCUGUUUCAUUCCAGGUUAAAUGUUUGCUCGGUUUCAACUAAAGAUGCACUGAUAUGGCUUUUCCUGGGCGGUGCUGAUUUCUGGUUUCCAAUUUGAAUCAAUUCAGUUCAUUUUAUUUGCACAGCAAAAAGUGUCAUAUCAAGGCAAAAUAAAAACAUCUAAUUCAUAUCCAGAAAUGUAAUUAGUCCAAUAUGAUCAAAUCAGAUGGACAGAUUCCAAUUUAAUUAAAUUCAUUCCAAUUCAAUCCUAGUUAUAAUGCAAUUGAAUCAAGUUAGGUUCAUACUGCCAAUUGGUAAGACAUUGUCCGUCGAAAGACCCAACGUUCUUAUACAGAGUUUAGGUUUGAAACUAACAAAAUUAGAUUUCCAAAAAAAUUUUAAGUUACAUAUCAAACCAUAAAUGCAUAACCUCUAUAUUCUUACUUUUGAAGCAUUAAGUAAAUAGAUCAAGGAAAGUUGGACAUUUGAUUGGUGCUUCUUUGGCCAUAAAAUGAGCUUUUUUAGGCUGGUUUUCUGGAGCUUUGAAGCCAACCUCUUUACUAAUUCUGGUCUAUUCUCAAAUGUUGAUACUUUGGACAAAGGUGACGUUUGUAAUGUCAUUUGUUUUUUAUUGGUUGUGUUUGGUCCCCCAUUCUUUCCCCUAUGCCAAAUAUAGACUGUUGAGGCAUGCAAACAGCAAGACGUCUAUGCAAUCUCCCCUCCAAAGCUCUCCCAAAAAGAAAGACGAGCUCACUGUAACAACGUGAGCAAGUCUCCUUGAUGAAAAUCAAAAUUGGCUUAUCUUGAAUUCCAGAGGCCCUUUGCAUGACCCAAAGACCCUUGCUACUCUUGUGUGGGCAUAUACCGGGACUGCUCAAUGGAGCUGGCCUUUAAGCCCAGCUUUAGGCCAGUCCUGAGGUGCAGGAACUUUUCCCAGCAGUCUGUAUCACAGAGAAGUAGGAGGAGUUAAUUGGGAUGUUGUAGAAAACAAGGAUUCAACGAGAUGUGCUGUUUUCUGUGAACUGCUUAGAAAGUGAUCUGUGUGUCUACGUGUGUGCGUGCAUGCUUGGGUUCAGCUCAUGUUUGUUUAGUGGGAUCGGUGCAUCACGAAACUCAAUUCAAAAUUAGGAAUAGCAGCUAAAUGUUAACAGCAGCUAAAUAGUUUGUUUAUGAUUUGUACUUUAGCAGAGGUUUACUAAAACCUUAAUGCUCUUAAUUCUUAAUCAGAGUUCUUGUUACAUAAAUCUAAAGAAAAUUGCUUCUUUAACUUUUUGAGAUGAAAAUCUAAGACCCUGCUGAUUUAGCUUUAUAUUAGCACUUAGCUUAAGAAGCACUUUCAAUGGCCCAAACCCCAUAUAAGGGAAAGAAAUUUUGCGGUAAUUCUUGCAUGGAUAAAAUGUACAUAUUUAUACAUUUAUUGAAAGGUAAUGUGUAUUUAAAUUUGUUUAACCCCAAGAAGAAGGAAAAAUCAUUUAUUUAAAGAGUUCAUUUGAAGUUCACAAUAAUUUAUAAUAAAGUGCAAUAACUUAUCGAGUUUUAUGGAUUUCCCAUCUAAUCAAAAGGUUUUUCUUCACACCUUUAUGGGGAAUAAUGCACCUUUCCAUGAGAGCAUCAGCAAGACCCACACGCACACACACAAACACAAAUUACUUUUUGUGUCUAGGUAAAGAAAUUGAAGGAUUCUCUCAGGUAAAAAAGAACACUUUCUAAUAAAUGAUGGUAAACAUUA